AUGGGCUGCUACGUCAAGGACCCGGAGAUGCCCCUCCUCGGCACCAACCUCACCCCCAACGGCGACCCGUAUCUGAGCGUCCCCAAGUGCUGGCAGUAUUGCUACCGCCGCUUCUACCAGUACGCCGGCCUCCAGAACGGCAACCAGUGCUGGUGCGGCUCCUACGUCGGCGGCGAGUGGGCAACGAACCAGACAGACUGCAACUCGCCCUGCACUGGCAACCCCAGCACGUUCUGCGGCGGUCCGGCGCUCCUUCAAAUCUACAAGGCUGAGGAGAACGCUCCUUCCGCCAUCGCUGCUGGCGAUGCCGGUGCAACCACCACUCCCGCCUCUGACGCGAAGCGUGACUCCGGGGCGUUCAAGAACCCGGGUAUGUUUUGGAAUCGGCUGGGCUUGUUUGGAUGGAAUUCAGAGCAAUGA